AUGCGCUUGUCCUUUGGAGCUGAAUAUACAGUAAAAUCUGCCUCUGAGCUCCACGUAAUAUUAAUUUUCGUAUCAUUUAGUUUAUUAGCUCCUAGCCAGUUUUCAGAACUUCCUCGCAAUCUUCCCGCAACUCAAAUUACGAGAAUCAGCUAA